AUGGAGCGUCAGCUAGAGGAAGAAAAGGUUGCAUUCUUUGAAUGUCUGCAGUCAUACACGAAUGAUGAUGAUGGAGAAGAUGAUUCCUUAUGCGCAGAUGAGGAAGCAUACAGACAAAAGACCAGAUCAUUUUACAUUGUUGUUGACCCGACCUCUCCCAAGAAUGUUUCUUCUCCUAUUUUACCAAAGGAAAUCGGUGCUGAUGCUAUUUCGGGGGAACCAGUACCAGACCCUAUUCCUAGCAAAGAUGAUCCCGAGAUAGAAAUAAUUUCUGUUACUCCGCGACGUAAAAGCUCAAAAUCUGGCAAGCCAAGCUUGCGGAUAAGCCCGUCCCUUGGCGACAACACUGUAUCCGAGACUACAGCUGCAGCCAGACAGCCACAGCGUCGCACAACACGAUCGAUGCACUCAAGUCUUCUCAGCAGACAUUCUAACCCUCAAGGUGAUCCUUCACCCUCCGUUAGAGUGGGAAAGCGUAAGAGGGAACCACCCCUGAAACUGGCCCCCGAGGCACGACGAAUUUUUAAAGACCUCUCGUUCUUUUACAUUCCCAACGACGAUAUCAACCCGGCGCGAAGAUUACAGAUCAGGAAGGCACGGGAACAUGGCGCCACGUGGUGCAGGAAGCUGAGCGAGGCGACGCACAUAAUCGUCGACAAGAAGCUUACCUAUGCAGAUAUAGAGCGUCAGCUGCAAGACGACCCUAAGUGGUCAGAGAAGGUCCUUGUCAAUGAAAACUACCCCAUUGACUGCCUUAAGCACCGCAUAAUCGCGAACCCCGACCAGAGGCAGUAUAAAAUUCUUGGGACUCCAACAGUCGCCGAGCAGCAGCCGGCAGGUACAAUAGACCCGUCGCUUUCGGACGAUCCUGAUGCUUCGCUCGAGCUGAAGCCAAGGCGCAGGAAGUCAGCAAGGCGACACCAUUCGCCUGUAUUAAGUACUCAGCCACGCAGCCAAUCUUCCUCGCAGAGAAGCGCCGCUCUGGCCAAAAAUGGAGUAUCGCCUCCAAAACGGAUAGCUGAGAUUGAUGUAGAUGAUGAGCUCACACAAUGCAUAUCCGAGACAAAAGCUACGGGUAAAACUGACAUAUUGGAUGGUUCAUUAAUAGUGGGAAAUGAUACUGCUGGCCUAACUCUAACAGAUGAGAUGGAGUCCCUCUCAGAUUCUAGCAAUUACGAUGAUGGGAGACAGUGGAAGAGAAGAACUAGGAGCAGCAUUGGCAAUUCCAAGGGGAAAAGCCCUGCUUGGCAAGAAAAUUUUAUCUGUAUGAAGGGAGGCACCAAAGACGAUACGGAUAAUAAUCCAAAUGCAGAGACAAUAAAGGUUCUUCAGGAGAUGCUAGAUCAGCAUACACUUACCGGAGACAAUUUUCGUAUUCGAGCUUACAGAUUAGCCAUCGCAACCCUGCGAACACAACCGAAGAAAAUAUGUACUGCUGAAGAAGCACGCGCCUUACCUCAUAUCGGUCGAAUCGCAGAUAAGAUCGAGGAGAUAGUCAAUACGAACCGACUCAGGCAACUUGAGUAUGCGCUCGACGACCCUCAGAGAAGGACCAUAGGCCUAUUUCUACAGAUCUACGGUGUGGGACAAAUUCAAGCACAUAAAUGGCUCGCCCAAGGCUUUCGGACCCUGGAUGACCUUAGAAACAGAGCCGACCUAAACGCUAAUCAGAAAAUCGGGCUGGAGCAUUUUGACGACUUGAAUACCCGGAUUCCACGGCGAGAAGUGGAGGCCUUGGCUGGUUGUGUUCGGGAGACGGCCGCGGCCAUUGAUCGCCACAUAGAGUUAAUUGUGGGAGGUAGUUAUCGUCGCGGAGCCGAGAGUUCCGGCGAUAUCGAUCUGAUUGUGACCAAGAAGGGCACAACCUCUACAAGCCAGUUGGCUCCGUUCCUGAAUCGGCUUGUUGAUACAUUGACUCGCGAAGGGUUCUUAACUGUGGCCCUUGCUGCUCACCAUAGUGGCGUAGACGACGUCGAUGGUGGGAGCAAAUGGCAUGGUUGCUGUGUGCUGCCCAAGCACGCUUUCCCUGGUCCCAAAAGCGAAUACCGUCCUACAUGGGGACGUAUCGACCUUUUACUUGCACCCCAGACCGAACUCGGCGCAGCACUUAUCUACUUUACCGGGAACGACAUAUUUAACAGGUCGAUACGGCUGCUAGCGCAGAAGAAGGGCAUGCGGCUAAACCAGAGAGGAUUAUUUGGCAACGUCCUACGGGGCCAGGGAAAUAUUAAGAUGAACGGCGGAACGCUGCUUGAGGGGCAGGACGAGAGGGGGAUUUUCAAGAUCCUCGGCGUUCGUUGGAGAGAGCCAUAUGAGAGGUGGUGCGGCUAG